GCGCUGCCCGUGGCGGGCGGGGGAGCAGCAGAGCCCCGCCGCCCGCAGCUUUGUUCGCCGGGCCCUCCGACGCUCGUCCCACUCUUCUGCCCCAGUCCGCGCGCCCUCCCGGUUCUUUUCUUUCCCCUCUGCUGGAUAUCUCAGUGUGGAAGCAUCGCCUGCGGAACCGACCCGCGGUGCGGGACUAGGAAACAACAGGUCUUCCCCCCACCUCUCCUCGCCUUUUCUCCGAAGUGGCACCGGCGCCUCGCUGUUGGGAUUAUAAAUGUUUGAACUAAGACCCAGGGAAUUGGAAGGAGAGCCUCCCGUUGGAAUUAACAGGAGAGAAAACAAGGGAGGCUUUUCCAAAUCCUCCGCAAGAAAGCCCGUGCUGUUUUUUUCCCCUACUGUCCGCACGGUGUUUAAUAAUGCGAUUGUGACCUGAGUGGAAUUUAUGAGCAAAGAACUAAUUGAAGCUUCUUGCACCGCUGCAUCGGACUACUUUUUUUUUGUUGUUUUCUCAGCACAUGAUUCCUCCAUCCCAGCUGUUGCAGGACCUGUGGGCCAGUAAUACAGGGAUGGGAAGCUGAGGCAGUUUAUUUUAACAUUCUUCUGUUUCGGGGACUUGGCGAGUUGGCUGAAGCUGCUGCUGCUUUUUACUGGAUCUGCUCUUUCCUCGGCAGGUUUAUUUCUUUUCAUGUGCACGGGGUGUUUCGCUUAAACAGACAUUGGACUGGAGCUGAAUGGAUGCUUUGCAAGCCGAAAGGUUUUGGGAGGUAACAGAAAACUGCUAAAACAGAGAAGAACUGGUACUGCAGGAAACCUGGGGCCUGUCUUCCAAGCCUUUUUGUUUUAUUGAGCAAGCCAACAAAAGCUCAAAGUACUGUUUUAGAUGUGAUCUUUAUACGUUUGAAGCAUUGGAAGGAACAGAUAAUGAUUCUCAAAAUGUGCAGUAUGAUGUGUGAGGUGAUGCCAACCAUCAGUGAGGCCGAGAUUCCCGCUGGGGGAAAUGGAGGCCACGGUUCAGGUUCCCCAUUACAGUCAGAUGCUGAUUCCCAUUUUGAGCAGUUAAUGGUGUCCAUGUUGGAAGAAAGGGAUCGCCUCCUGGAAACACUGAGGGAAACUCAGGAGACCCUGGCACUGACCCAGGGCAAGCUGCAUGAAGUCGGUCAUGAGAGAGAUUCCUUGCAAAGACAGCUCAAUACUGCACUCCCACAGGAAUUUGCAGCACUUACAAAAGAGCUCAAUGUAUGCAGGGAGCAGCUGCUGGAAAGGGAAGAAGAAAUAGCUGAACUGAAAGCAGAAAGAAAUAAUACCAGGCUGUUACUGGAACAUCUGGAGUGUCUUGUCUCCAGGCAUGAGCGGUCUCUGAGAAUGACUGUGGUGAAGAGGCAAGCUCAGUCUCCAGCAGGAGUUUCUAGUGAAGUGGAAGUUCUCAAAGCACUAAAAUCUUUAUUUGAGCACCAUAAAGCCCUUGAUGAAAAGGUAAGGGAGAGGUUACGAGUAGCACUUGAAAGAUGUAGUUUAUUGGAAGAAGAACUAGGCACUACACAUAAAGAGUUAAUGAUUCUGAAAGAGCAAAAUAAUCAGAAGAAAACACUUCCAGAUGGGAUGCUGGAUAUAAAUCAUGAACAAGAAAAUACACCGACUACAAAUGGGAAGAGAUCCUCUGAUGGUUCUUUAUGCCAUGAUGAAAACCUUACUAAAGUGAUUGAACUCCAAGACAUUAUAGAUAAGCAAAACAAGGAGCAGACACAAAUGAAAGAACGUCUCACUGCUCUGUCCAGCAGAGUGGCAGAGUUGGAAGAAGAUCUUGACACAGCCAGAAAAGACUUGAUAAAGUCUGAAGAAAUGAAUACAAAGUUACAGAGAGAUGUACGAGAGACUAUGGCCCAAAAGGAAGACAUGGAAGAGAGAAUUACAACUCUUGAGAAACGCUACCUCGCUGCACAACGUGAAGCUACAUCUGUGCACGACCUCAAUGAUAAACUUGAAAAUGAAAUUGCCACUAAAGACUCCAUGCACAGACAGAGUGAAGAUAAGAACAGGCAAUUGCAGGAACGACUGGAACUGGCUGAGCAAAAGUUGCAGCAGACCCUGAGAAAGGCUGAGACUUUGCCAGAGGUGGAAGCUGAGCUGGCCCAGAGAGUUGCAGCACUUACAAAGGCUGAGGAGAGACAUGGCAACAUUGAGGAACGACUGAGGCAGAUGGAAGCACAGCUAGAGGAGAAGAAUCAAGAGCUGCUAAGGGCUAGACAGAGAGAGAAGAUGAAUGAAGAGCAUAAUAAACGUUUGUCAGAAACUGUUGAUAAACUUCUGUCUGAAUCCAAUGAAAGGCUCCAACUGCAUCUCAAGGAAAGGAUGGCUGCCCUAGAAGAUAAGAAUUCACUUCUUCGAGAAAUUGAAAAUGCAAAAAAGCAAAUAGAGGAGCUUCAGCAUGAAAAGGAUCAACUUGCAAUAAAUGUUGAUGCAUUAAGGGCUGAAAAUGACCAAGUGAGACUCAGAGCCACAUCACUCCAUCAUAGCAGACCAGAUUUCAGAUUCCCUAUGACAUCUUCCUCUGUGGGUGACACUCACACAGACUCCUUUGGCACCUCCUCCGUGCUGAGGCGUCCCCAGAAGGGACGUUUGGCAGCUCUCAGAGAUGAACCUUCAAAGGUUCAAACUCUGAAUGAGCAGGAUUGGGAGCGAGCCCAGCAAGCAAGUGUGUUGGCAAAUGUGGCACAAGCAUUUGAGAGUGAUGUUGAUGUGUCUGAUGUGGAGGAUGACAGGGAGACCAUAUUCAGCUCAGUUGAUCUGCUGUCACCAAGUGGUCAGGCUGAUGCUCAGACUUUGGCCAUAAUGCUUCAGGAACAGUUGGAUGCCAUCAACAAAGAGAUCAGACUUAUCCAAGAAGAGAAGGAGAACACGGAGCAGCGAGCAGAGGAGAUUGAAAGCAGGGUGGGCAGUGGCAGCCUGGAUGCCCAUGGCCGGUUCCGCUCCAUGAGCUCCAUCCCUCCUUCCUAUGCCAGUGGUUCCCUGGCUGGUUCCUCCCCCCCUGGCAGUGGCCGCUCCACCCCGAGGCGGAUCCCACACAGCCCAGCUCGGGAAGUGGACAGAUUGGGGAUCAUGACACUGUCUCCAGCUUCCAGAGAAGAGGUACGAGAUGAUAAAACCACAAUAAAAUGUGAGACAUCACCACCUUCUUCCCCUCGGUCUCUGCGUUUGGACAGAGUCCAGAAAGGAGCUUUGCACACAGUGAGCCAUGAAGAUAUCAGGGACAUCAGGAAUUCAACAGGUUCUCAAGAUGGGCAAACAAGUAAUCCCAGUAGCAGUAACAGUAGCCAAGAUUCCCUUCACAAAGCUCCCAAAAAGAAGGGGAUCAAAUCCUCCAUCGGCCGCUUGUUUGGCAAGAAGGAGAAGGGACGACCUGGACAAACAAGCAAGGAAGGAUUAGGACAAGGCGGCAUGGGAGAAGCAGAUGGUUCCUCUCAGGAUGCCUUAGGUCUCAGCAAGCUUGGAGGUCAGGCAGAAAAAAACAGGAAAAUGCAGAAAAAGCAUGAGCUGCUGGAGGAAGCCAGAAGACAAGGUUUGCCUUUUGCACAGUGGGACGGGCCUACUGUGGUUGUGUGGCUGGAGCUGUGGGUUGGGAUGCCAGCCUGGUAUGUGGCUGCUUGCCGAGCAAAUGUGAAAAGUGGUGCUAUCAUGUCAGCCUUGUCUGACACGGAAAUACAGCGGGAAAUUGGGAUCAGCAACCCCCUGCACAGGCUCAAGCUGAGGCUGGCCAUCCAAGAAAUCAUGUCACUGACAAGCCCAUCUGCCCCUCCCACCUCAAGGACGACCACGGGAAAUGUCUGGGUAACACAUGAAGAAAUGGAAAAUCUUACAGCCACACAACAAACGGAAGAUGAGGAGGGAAGCUGGGCUCAGACACUUGCCUAUGGUGAUAUGAACCAUGAGUGGAUUGGCAAUGAGUGGCUCCCAAGCCUGGGGCUCCCUCAGUACCGCAGCUAUUUCAUGGAAUGUCUUGUGGAUGCUCGAAUGCUGGACCAUUUAACUAAAAAAGACCUGCGGGGGCAGCUCAAAAUGGUGGACAGCUUUCACAGAAACAGUUUUCAGUGUGGAAUCAUGUGCCUACGAAGACUGAAUUAUGAUCGAAAAGAACUUGAAAGAAAAAGGGAAGAAAGCCAGAAUGAAAUCAAGGAUGUGCUUGUGUGGAGCAAUGAAAGGAUGAUCCAUUGGGUCAUGUCCAUCGGUCUUAAAGAAUAUGCGAAUAACCUUGUCGAGAGCGGAGUUCAUGGUGCUCUUGUGGCCUUAGAUGAAUCCUUCGAUUACAUUGCAUUAGCUCUCCUAUUGCAAAUCCCCACCCAGAACACACAGGCUCGUGCUGUUCUGGAGAGGGAAUUUAAUAACCUUCUUGCUAUGGGCACUGACAGAAGACUUGAUGAAGAUGAUGAUAAGAGCUUUAGGAGAGCACCUUCAUGGAGAAAGAAGUUUAGACCAAAGGACAUCAGAGGUUUAGCUGCUGGAUCAGCAGAGACUCUUCCUGCAAAUUUCAGAGUUACAACCUCAAUGUCUUCACCCUCUAUGCAGCCAAAGAAGAUGCAGAUUGAUGGCAGUGUAUCAGGAACACAAAGAUUGGAUUCUGCUACAGUAAGGACCUACUCCUGUUAAAGCCUUCUCCUGUUUACCCACACUAUUUCUACCGGUGAUAUGCAGCGUUUUGAACAUUUGGAACCCUUAACCUGUUAAUACUUGUUAAAUGGACACUUUGAGAUAUUUUAUUACAGAGUUUUUAAUUAGCAAAUAAAUUCAUGAGUACUAUAGAGAAAAUAUUUUAGAAUCUAAAUGUUUCCUAUAUUUAUGUGACUUCUCAUUUAUAUAGUUACUUACUUUUUCAGUUUCUAUUCAGUCUACAAAUCAAAUCAUUGCUGAUUUUUUAUUCUAAUUUUAGUCUUUCCAACUGAAUGUACUGUAAUGCUUGUAUGUAUAUGUCCCUAUGAGCAAUAUAGGGUUUUUGUAAAUUAUGCAGUUACUGUAAUUAUCAUUGUUUUUUAAUAAUGAAACUGAAGGUGAAAAGGAUUUUAAUACCUUUGUAAAAGUAUCAUGACACCAAGCAGUAUAUAUUUUGUCUUUUUGGAGCUGUUAGACCUGAAAACAAGCCCAGCUUUUUUUCAGAUAUUGAUGUAGAAGCUGCGGUACACAAGUGUUGUUCUCCUCAGAGCUGUAUCUUUCCACAUAGAGGACUUGUCAAGUAGUGGCUGUUUGACUUUAUUUAAAAUAGAACUUGUUUUAAGAGCUGGGAGGAACUGAGGAGAACACGUUUUAGAAGUGAUUUUGACUCGCUCAUAACACACUCUGCUGUAUUUGUAAAGCGACUCUUCACAGUGACUGAAAACAAGCCAUAAACCAAGAACUGUUUGUAUUUUUUCUUUUCCUUAAGUGAGGAAGACAGACUUCAUAAUGAUUCCUAGUCAUAAGCCACAGGCCACAGAGAGGUUUUUAGGGUUUUUUUGAUUGAAAAGACUUGUGGAAAGAUGCUGGUGGAACUAGUUUUAAUGGACCAAUCUUAAAGCACUGCAGCCUCAUGUCAGGUGAGUAGGGAAAGAUGAAGGUACAAUGGGCUGAAACCUCAAGCAGUGCAUCUUCUAAUAAAGGCCUUACUUUUCUUAUGUAAGUCAUCUUAUAUGUUUUGUAAACUUGUUCUAAAGAGUUGUCUGGACUUUAAUUUUGAUGGGUGUUGCCAUUUUGGACUGUAUGAGUAGAAAAUGUAUCUGAUACUUGUAAAUGGCAUAUUAAAAAGCCAGCAAGAAUCUGUUCAGAUGGUGCAUUAUUUAUUAUGCAGCAAUAUAUAUAGCAUGUCUUUUUUCUCUUAUUUUGUUUUCCACUUUUAACUUUGCUUGUAAAACUGAAAUUCAUUGUUAUUGUUCUGGGUUUUUUUCUAUUAAUCUUUUGUGUAUCUUCAGAUUAUGUAACAAUAUGUACAGUCUACUUUUGAACUAUUUUUAUCACAGUAUUAUUUAUUACUUUCUUUCAAUAAAGUACUGAUGCAUUUUCCACUGCCAAUAAAACACUAUGGAAAAGCUGAGAUCUACUUGUGUGCAGGCAGAAACUUUUGCAGUGAGCGGAUAUGAUUGUUUGCUGCCCUGUAGAUCUUGUUUCAGAUGAUGACCUUUCUCCAGUAGGAAAAAAGUACUCCAUUAGAGGUGACAUUUUCUUUGGAAUUGUUCAAGUUCACAUGCAUUAAUCAGUUUUGGAAAAAAACCAGUUUUCUGAAGAAAACGGUUUUAUUGCCUCCUUCUACUCAUAGUUACAGCUGUGAUUUGCUUUUAAAAAUGGUAACAAAAACUACCACACAACUUCAGUGUGUUCUGGUCCAUGUGACGGAGAUUGAAGUGCUGUUCUAGGUAGCACCAAGAGCUGCUUUGUUAAUAAAAUGAGAUUAUGACCAUAGUGAUAUUUGGGGAGAAACACAGGAGUCGAGGGAACCAAUACAAAAUUGGGUCACAAUAGGGCUGUUUAUGUCAAUUUUAAUACAUUUGUAAACCAUUUCUUGUGUAGAAGAGAAGACAGAAGGAUAAAGUUACAGAAUAAUGGAAGCAGUAGUGAAGCAUAUUCCAUCAUGUCCUCUGGAUCAACAGAAGGAAUGCCUGGAAUGGAGAAAUAUUGUCAUUGAUGCUCUAAACAUUGUUCAGUAAUGCAUCUGUUUGUCUGGCUUGUCUGUAUGAGUUGCUCUCUGUUAAUUUGCAGGCUCUUUUAUAUUUUCAGAGAAUCUAUCUUCCUAGAAAAAGCUGAAAUGGAACUGCAAAAGGAGCUCCUGACUCGCUGUUCAGCUGAACUUCACUGUUUAGAGAAAAAAUUGCAUAGACGUUGCUGGUCACUGAUGUAAUAGUGGGUGUUCAAAGUCGUGUAUUGUUGCUUCUCAAAAGUGAAACCAAUGCGGGGUAGACUUGUAAAAUGUGAAAAGAAAAUGCAUUUAUUAUUUUAAGGCUGUAAAACCUUAAGUGUUAUGGAACAAUGGAACUGAUAUGAGAGCUAGAAUAAAUGAGUGAAAUGGCAAAAAGCUUUCACGAACUGGCA